ACCAGUCAAAUAUGGCUUUUUUGGCUUUUUCUCUCCUUUUUCUCCUAAUGCCAACACAAUUUGGCUUCGUGCCAGGUUCUCAACGGAACUCUCAAUUUCCUUUCACACUCACCUCAGACACACCUAAAAACACUAUAAAAACAGAAAACAAAGUCAGAAAGACUCAGACUAUGCCCUUUUUCAACAUGCCCUGAUCUUUUUUUUUUCUUGUCCCUUUUGAAUUUCCUCUUCCUUUUCUCAAAACCCUAAGCGGGCCAAUGCCUCCCCCACAGCCUCCUACGCGACCGGAGCUCUGCCACGUCGAUUCCAGGAUCUGGCAAGCUUGCGCCGGCUCUUCCGUUCAAAUCCCCACCGUUAAUUCUAGGGUUUACUACUUUCCUCAAGGCCACAUGGAACAGGCCUGCGGUUCCACUCAGUUACUCCCUUCUCUCCUACUCUCUAGACCUCUUAUUCCUUGCAUUAUCUCCGAAGUUCAUUGCCUCGCCGAUGCAAAAACCGACGAAGCCUUCGCUAAACUCAUCCUCGUCCCUGUCGAACCUUCUAGACUUCCCAAUCAAUUUCUAGAUAUCAACGGUGAAGAUGAAGGUUCUGAUAAGGUCGUGUCGUUUGCGAAGAUUUUAACGCCGUCCGAUGCCAACAAUGGCGGUGGCUUCUCCGUCCCGCGGUUUUGCGCUGACUCUAUUUUCCCGCCUCUUGACUACAAUGCUGAGCCCCCGGUUCAGACUCUUUCGAUCACCGACGUCCGCGGCGGCGUCUGGGAGUUUCGCCACAUUUACCGAGGAACGCCACGUCGGCAUCUGCUCACCACAGGAUGGAGCAAGUUCGUUAAUCAAAAGAAGCUCAUCGCUGGCGAUUCUGUUGUCUUCAUGAGGGACUGUAAUGGGAAAAUGUUUAUUGGAGUCCGGCGAGCGAUGAAGCGAGGAGAAGCCCGCGGGUAUUCUGGGAGGUGGAGAGAGCCAAAUGAUGGAGGAGCAAUGAAAGGGGAAGGAAGGGGGAGGAUGACGUUGGAAGCGGUCGCAGAAUCGGCGGAGAGGGCGGCGAGUGGAUUGCCAUUCGAGGUUGUGUACUAUCCUCGGGACGGUUGGGCUGAUUUCGUGGUGAGGGCGCAGUUGGUGGAGGCUGGACUAAAUACAUUCUGGGCUGAAGGGACAAGAGUGAAGAUGGCGGUUGAGACGGAGGAUUCGUCACGAAUGACGUGGUUGCAAGGGACUGUUAUGUCUGCUGCUGUAGCGGAUUCUGGCCCCUGGAUUGGCUCUCCUUGGCGAAUGCUUCAGGUUGCAUGGGAUGAACCUGAAGUUCUCCAGAAUGCAAGCAGAGUGAGCCCAUGGCAAGUUGAAAUUGUUUCCUCCUCGCCACUUCAUUCCUCAUUCCCCUUGGCAAAAAGGUUCAAGUUUUCUCAGGAUUCUGGACCGACUGAUGCAGAGGGAGAAAUCUUCUUCCCUACUACAGGGUUGACCAAUUCAAUAAUGGGUUACAUAAAUCCAUCACUGUUGAAAUACUAUUGUUUUCCUGCUGGCAUGCAGGGAGCCAGGCAAAAUCAUUUUCACUUGCAAAGCAACUCUGUGAGUGAGAAUACCCCAAUGAUGUCCAUUGAUAAUUUCUCUGGCAACUAUGUGAUGCCCAAGUUGGAUAGGAUAUCCACUGAGCUCAACAUUGGCAGUUCACAGUCUGACAACUUGUCACCAGAUAGUCAGAGCAGCAUGGUUUCCUUUGGCACAGAACUUACUGAAAAUGGGGGCUGCAACUCGAGCAAAGUGGGUGUUAGUUCGUUUCAACUGUUUGGCAAGAUAAUUCAUAUGAAAGAGCCAAUGGUAAGUAGAUUUGAGGAGGUUGGUUGCAUGGAAGAUGAUGAUGGUAAAAGAUAUGAUGAAGCUGUGAGUCUAAAAAACUCAUUAGAUCUUUCAAUGACUUACAGCUAUUCGAAGCUACUUGACAGGCUAGAUGUCCAAUGCCAAAGAGCCUCAGCUUUCGAAGGGUUUUCCUUGUGAAUGAAUCUGUGUCCACAUCAUGAAGAUGAGUAACUGUUUAGGUGAUUUAGGCAGGCAGGAAGCUGACACCUAAAUGACUUUGUCAGUAUUGGCUAAAAAUAAAUGACUUUGUCAGUAAUAGUUUACAUUUUAGUUUGUGCUGUUGGAGACUUUGGACUGUUAAAAUUGUUGACGUGUAUCGCAUUGUGUAUCGCAUUUUAUUACAUUAGAGAGUUCAUUUUGUUUGAGCUUGCAUCAAACUCUGGAUGAUUGGAGCAAAUCAGUUGACUUGCUGAUAUACAAGUUUCAUAUUUUCUUUGAUUUGGUGUUUUGCUAAUAUGAUUUUCGUAGCCUUAUAUCCUAACCCACAUACUUUCUGAUAGCAAUUUUAUUAGGCACUGGUAUAAAUACGCUUGGCUCUUUGGAGUAAAUCUUCAAUUUUGUCAAUUACAGGUCAUCUUAUAAUUCUUGAAAUCAAGGUUUAUUCGAUUU